CGACCAUGAACACCACUCCGCACCAGAUCCUCGAGAUUGAAGACGCUCUAGUGUCCGAUGAAAAUCCACCUCGUGAUGACGGCACUCUCGACUAUGAGCGCUGCGCCAGGCUACACAAUUACCUGGUCGCAUACGGCUGGAUGGCCCGCCACGGAAGGGACACGCCCGACCUCGAUUCCCUAGCCAGCGAGAGGUGGUUUUUUAGUGACACAAACCGGGAGGAGGCAGAGGAAUCUCGGGAGCGUCUUGAUGCGCCGCUGAGCCGGUUUUUGGAUCUAAUCUAUGAUCCCAGGCCGCCCUUCUUCUACUGGGUUGACGGUCUCGUGAUGAUGCCCAGCGACGAGUUCUUUGUGGAUGAGAACGAGAUGGAAAAUGGCAAGGAGCGAUUCGUGAUAAUCUAUGGUACCCUUACGGAGCUGGGCGGGCAUAACCUCGGCGUUGUAUAUGACCAGCAACUCAAUCGGGCAGCGUUCCCAAUGACGACCGACAAUAUGGAUUGGAUAGAGCCUAUUGAUGAGCACGAGGAAAUGUGGUUCCCGCUGGAGACUCUUCUCACUCAAUGGAUCUACAUGACUCGCAUCGGGAAGGCUGUCCCUGGGCUUCCUGAAAAGCUCCCUUCCGGUGAACCCCCGACAAAUCGAUCGCAAUUCUAUCUGUGGUCGUGGCUCCCUUACUGCGAUACCCAGAUUGAUAGCACUGUAUCUGCCAUAGAGCGCUACUCGGCUGCAGUCGAAUCUCGAAUGCCUCCUGAUUCACUUCUGUCCAUCUCGGCACCGCUCUGUACCGAUGCAGAGCUAGAUGCAGCGGCCGUGCCACAGGGCUGCUUUAUCCGCUCGCUCCUAACAAGGAUUAAGACUCCGCGUUUCAAAUUUAUCGCACCGGGGCUAGAGGUCCCGCAUGAUAAGGAGGCAUUUGUGAGGCGCCAAAGAUUCACCAACAUACCGCAUGAGGAGGAUAGCAUCCCGGGGGUUCUGUUAUUUGCGGUCCCAGACCGGUUGGUGGAUUUCAACGCCGAGAUUCGGCGCGUAUUUUCCACUGCGCACGAUAAUGUGAGCAUGGACCACCGCGAUCCUGUUCCUACUGGACUCUACAGUGAGCCUGUUCGUCGAGAGCAAUAUGACAUGGAGGAGGCGGGCUUCCGUCUCGUGCUUCCAUUUCCACUAAGACGGCGUUUCCGAGAUGAGGAUGGGGUUAGGAAAAGUGACGGGACACCGGUUCCAUCGGGCUCAUUCACAGAGCUCUUUCAACAUGGAUACCACCCGUUUGGGGGUGAAUGGCGAUCGCAGAGAUUAGAGCGACUUUUUGAACAGUGGAUGGCGUUAGUUGAAAGUGGUGCAUGGACAGUAGGUGAAAAUGGAGUGGAGGGUGGGAUCGAUAAAUUCGGAGAUGCGGAUAGGGGUGCCUCGAAUGAAUAUUGGAUCGCACCAAGCUGGUGA